UGGCUAACCUGACACAUCCGGUUGCCAGUUGAAUUUCGCAUAUAUGCUGGCGUGGCGCUGGAUGGACAGUAUCCUUCUGGUUCCCAUUAAAAUGCUAAAAUCCACCGUUCCGUUGCUCAGUUGUACUUCCUCUCGACACUUCAGCACACGGUGGAUAUUAUCUGUUCAACUGGACCCUCUGCGCCUUUGUCACUUUGCAUGACUUCAGUCCUGACCCGAGGAGCCUGUUUUGAACCGUCCUCGCUGUGGACUUCACUCCAACUGUCGUGUGGCAUUCAAAUGAGUUGCCAGUCAUCAGUCCAGCCAGCCCCGGAGGCGCAUCCACAGGCCAUGCCACAGGCGUCAGGAAGCACCCAGACGCAACUGGAGUUGGUCCAUCCUCUGUCGGCGAAGAGAAAGGAGGACAUCACUAAGGGGAUUGUGCAUUACAUCGCCCAAGAUAUGAGACCAGUCAAUACGGUGGAAGGAGAGGGCUUUAAGAACAUGUUUAAAAUCGUCGAGCCAAGAUAUACUGUGCCAGCACGGGAGACUGUCAUGCGUGCGCUAAGUUCGCGGUUUGAUGGACUUAAAGUAAAUGUAAACCAGUUACUCCAAUCCUCCGAGGCUGUAGGCCUCACCACUGAUUUGUGGUCUUCACUUAGAAUGGAGGCAUACAUGACAGUUACGGCCCAUUUUAUCGAUGCGGACUGGAAAAUGAAUAGCGUUGUGUUAGAAACAAAGCAGAUGGAUGAAGCGCACACAAGAGAAAAUGUCGCUGCGCGACUCACUCAAGUCGCGGACGCUUCACCAGAGCGGACCACAUUCCACCAGAGAAGCGGGUGUCAGUGGUAACGGACAACGCUGCCAACAUGGUCCUCUGUGUGGAAUUACUGAAGGGAUCCGGUCAGUGGCCAGAUGUGGAGUUGGUUAGGUGUGCAGGCCACACCCUGCAGCUGUGCGUAAAUGCUGCCUUAAAAGAAAACCCGGUGUCGCGCACGGUGGCUGCGGCACGACAUCUUGUUGGGCACUUCAAAAAGGGACACAAAUAGGGGUGGGAAAAAAAAUCGAUAUUGCAAUAUAUUGUUGUGCUCUCUGUCGCAAUAAAUAAUCGAUACACUAACGCCCAAUAUCGAUAUUUUAUUACAACACAAAAUGAUUAAUUUACCCGUUGUCAUUGUCACUGUCACUACCCAAUAUCUACCAUUCUGUUUAUGGGGGCGCUGUUCGAGUAAAUAGGGGUAAAGUGGCACAAACAGCGGCCGGUGAAGAACACAAGUUAACUAAACAACAGAGAAUUGCAGAAAAAAAGAGAAGCGAGAAGAAUGGCGGAAAACAAUAAAAAACUAAUCAAAGACCCACCCGCUAGUUUCCACUCUAAAGUGUGGAGACACUUCGGGUUUUACGAGACAGUCGACGGAAAGGCACUGGAUAAAAACUAUGCAAUCUGCAAGAACUGCUUUGCAAAGAUAAAAUAUAACUGCAACACUACGAAUCUGCAAAUGCACCUCGCUCGCUAUCACGGUGAACUACUCUCAGGUGAUAAUGAGGGUAAACCAAGUCAGCCGACAAUCACUACUGCGUUCAAAGCAAAGCUCCCCUUUGGGUCGCCGAGGGCACAGAGUAUCACUAAGUCCAUCGCCGAAUUUAUUUGCAAGGACCUUCGCCCUUACAGCGUGGUCGAGAAUGAUGGAUUUUGCAGAAUGUUGACAACACUGGAACCGAGAUACGAGAUACCGAGUCGUCGGCACUUUACAGACAAAGUCAUCCCUGCAUUGUAUGCAGAUACCAGAGCCAAAGUGGAGGGUGCGCUCCGGUCUGCUAAACGAGUUGCACUAACCUGUGAUGGUUGGACGUCAAGGGCCACCGAGUCCUUCGUAACUAUUACUGCCCACUUCAUAGACGACAACUGGGAUGCCCAAAGCUACGCCCUUCAGACUCGGGCUAUGAAUGACAGUCAUACUGGCGCUCACAUGGCAGAGGUGCUUAAGACGGCUGUAGACGAGUGGAAGCUCACCGAGAAAGAGCCAGCAGUGGUGACUGACAACGCAGCGAAUAUGUCCGUAGCUGUUGAGAUUGCUGGAUAUCCACACGUUCGCUGUUUCGCUCAUGUUUUGAAUCUCGCGUGCAGCGUGCCCUCAAACUGCCAAAUGUCGCUCGACUGCUCGGGAGAAUUAGGAGAAUUUGCACAUUCUUCCACAGGAGCACCUCAGCAGCUGAGGCACUGAAGAGGAACCAGAAGAUGUUAGGCCUUCCGCACCACAAGCUGAUAACUGAUGUUGUUGUCCGCUGGAACAGUGCCUAUGAGAUGAUCAGCCGGUUUCUUGAGCAACAGCCAGCUGUUACUGCUGCCCUCUUAUCUCCAGAGGUAAGGCGUUUAUUGUUUUGUUACUUAAUUGCAUAUGAUAACUGUAAUGUGUUAUAAAAUAUUAUUGUUAACAUGAUAUAUAUUUUGUUCCUUAGUGUAAAGUGCUUUUUCCUGACUUCUUGGUCUGGAUUAAUAAGGAAUAUGUGCAUUAUAAAGUUUAAACUUUUGACUUCAUUCUGUUCUUUUCCUUCCUUCUUUAAAGGUCAGAAAGAAUACCACUGACAUCUCUACCCUGACUGAUGGAGACAUCAAGAAUGCAGAAGAGGUUGUGAAAGCCCUCCAUCCAAUGCUGGUAGCAACAAAGAGCAUGUGUGAGGAGAAAAGUCCAACUGUUUCCAUCAUUGCUCCUCUUCACGCCCAACUUCUGAGCAACACACUCAGCACAAUUGAGGAUGCCCCUCUCGUCAAGGACAUAAAGUGUGCCAUCCAUGGAGACCUAUCAAAGCGCUACAUGUCUGCAGAGGAGAAAAACUUCCUCUCACGUUGCCUCCGCCUUAGACCCCAGGUUUAAGUCGAUGCUCUUCUUGUCGCCUUCAGAAGUGCAGGAGACGUAUGCCAUGGUUGUGUCCAAGGCUGCUGCCCUGAUGGGGAAUGCAGAUGUGGGAAUGCAGUCUGAUGGUAAUGUAGAGGAGGGAGGAAGCACUGAAGAGAGUGGUCCUGCUGAUGACACCAGUGAUGAGGACCGACCACCACACACACCAAAAAAAAGGAGAUCCGCACUUGCAAACCUCCUUGGACAAACAUUCCAGCAUGCCAGAUCUUACCUGACCCCAUCAUCAUCACCUAACUCCAAGGCUAAAAAGGAGGUUCAGCAAUAUCAAGAAUCCUCACCUCUACCACUGUCAGAUGAGCCGUUGGGUUGGUGGAAAUCUGAGGCAUGCAAGUACCCACACCUUGCCAAGCUGGCCCAGAGGUACCUGUGUGUGCCAGGGACUAGCGUGCCAUCAGAGAGAAUCUUUUCUACCACCGGUGACAUAAUCUCUGCUCAGAGGUGUGCUCUUACAUCUGAGCAUGCUGAUCAGUUAGUUUUCCUCAAGAAGAAUAUGCCUUGAUGUGUCCACCGUUUACAGUAACUUACUACUGACGUUUCAGUAUUAUGGUUUACACAUGUUAAUGUUCAUGUUGUUUUGUAAUGUUCAUGCACUUUUAUCUGUCUAGAUGUACAGUGUUUACAUUUAAGACCAGGAGGCAGUGAGUUAUGCAAAUGCAUAUUUCUUUGCACAAUGUUGGAAAUGUUGGCAUUAAUAAAUGCAUAAAAUUUCCUUAUUUCCUUAUUCCUUCUUUUUCUUUUCAGUCACAUAUAUCGUGAUAUAUCGUUGAUGAAAUUUUUUCCAAUAUAUUCAAUAUCGUAGAUAUCGCGAAUCGUGAUAUUAUCAUAUCGUGGACCACAUAUUGCCACAGAAUUGAAUCGUGAGGUACCUGUAUCGUCCCACCCCUAGACACAAAGCAAAAACGGGUCUCAAAGAGAAACAGGUGCAGCAAAAAGCUCCUGAGCACGAACUAAUCCAGGAUGUGGCCACCCGGUGGAACUCCACCUGCUUUAUGUUGGAGCGACUGUUGGAGCAGCGCUGGCCCAUCACCGCCGUUUUAUCGGACCCCAAUUACACUAAGAGGAGUGACAGCAGCACUUUGGACAUGACAACAGAGCAGUGGAAUAUGGCUGAAGACAUCACAGACGUUCUUAAGCCCUUUAUUACACUGACCGAGCUGUUGUCGGAGGAGGCUAACACAUCCCUGUCAGCGGCCUUCCCAAUGCUUGAGAAUCUAAAAAAAUGUCAUCUUGCCAUCACAGAUAACGAUAGUCCAACAAAGAAGAAGUUGAAACUUAAGCUUGUGCAGGAAAUAGUCAAUGGAAACUCAAAGACCGAGUUGUGAUGACAAGCAGCCUGUACAUUUUAACUGCAGUACUGGACCCGCGCUUCAAACAGCUACCUUUUCUUAAUGAUGAGAAACGGGAUGAGGCCUAUUCUGAAGUCGUAAAACUAGCACAAAGGCUAAGCCUCUCGGGAGACAGUGCAGAGCAGACAGGGGAUGAUGAGGACCCGUUGGCAAAAAAACAGAAAACGGCAAAAGAGAAGGAGAUAGUGAUGCUUCUUUGUGGACAUGGUGCAGAGGAUGAUCCUGAUGAGCCAAGCGCACAAAGAUUCUCUUGCGAUGAAAUGAAAGAUUAUCUUCAGGACUGAAGUAAAGUGGACACUGCUGGGCCACUUGCGUGGUGGAAAAAUAAUGAGGAGAGAUAUCCACGACUUGCUCGGGCAGCCAAACGCCUGCUCUGCAUCCCUGCAACCUCCACUCCUGCAGAGCGCAUAUUUUCCAAAGCAGGAUUUAUUGUUAACAAGUCGAGGAGCUGUCUUUUACCCAAGAAUGUGGACAUGUUAGUGUUUUUGGCCCACAACAUAAAAAAGGUGGACUAGGCCUGCAGAUCUGUAAGUAGCCUUAACGGCUUUAUUAUGCUGACUCAAUAGAUUUUGACUCAAUUUAUUUGUACACUUGACGCGUUUGAAAAUAGCCUAUAUAAUGUAACAAAACGAAAAUAAAUCUAUAGGCCUUCCUACUAUACAGCUUAUUAUUAUUAGUGUUUUUUUAGGCUAUUUUGGGUUUGUUUGUGUUUGUUUUAAAACGCCUAGAUCGGUUGGACAAAAGUUAACCCAUAGCUUUGAAAGUAAAGAAGAAUAUACAGCCUGUAUAAUCGAGAGCUUUUGUUAGGAUUUUUCAUUAUUUGGCAGUUUUAGCAGUUAUAUUUUUUUGUAGCGUGUGGUGUGGUCAGGUGCACGAUUGUGACGGUCACUAUAGACCUAGGACAGAACUCCUCACUUUGCAGUUUAAAAAAUAACCUAAUUUUUAAAGAAUUGUAUUAUUAUUAUAGUUUUAUGUAUUAUUGAUGUUUUUCGUUGUUGUUUUAUAAAUGCUCUAUUAUAAUUGUUUAAUAAAUGUUCAAUCAAAAAAGACAUUGCGUCUCUUUUUUUUUUUUUUUUUUAGUCGACUGAUCGUUGCGCAGGACAGGACUUUGGUCGACUAAGCAUUUCUUUGGUUGACUACAGCCCUAGAGUCCACCAUAUACCACGUCGUCCACAGUAUGCACAAGAAUGUUACAGCCUAUUGCAGUGCAUGAACUUACAAACCCACUCCCCGGAGCUGAUCUUGAAGAACUCUUUGAGGCUUUACUUUGUUCUUCCUUUAGCUGGGCCAGAUGUCUUCAGGUGCUGGUGACUGUGAUGUAGCUAAGCAUGUUCCCUUGCAGAUUUUGAGUCUAAUCUCUACCUGGUCACAGGACCUUGGACGUAUAAUUUCUGUCACCACCUGACUAUUCCAGUCCCUGCACACCCUAUAAAUACAGUCAGCCAUGCUGGAUGCAGCUGAAUAACGAGUAGCAUUUGGGGGGAUGGGGGGUGGGGGGUUGGGGGCUCUAGUUUUUCUAAACUCCUAUCAAAAGACUGCCAUGUUUGUGUUAGAAUGAGAAACUGAGCUGGGAAAAAGUGAAAAGCAAGUGAGAGUGAAGGAGCUGAAGUGCUUGUGUUGGUGACAGAAAAGAAGAGCCAUCCUAUCAAUAGGUUGGCAGCACCUGAGGCAGCCAGGCUCUGAGGAUGACUAGCCUGUUCAGGCGCAGCAGCAGCAAUGGAGGCUCCAGAAGCAGUGGAAGUGGUGGUGGGGGCGGGGGCAGUGGGCAGGGGCAGCUCAACAACAGCAGGCCCAACCGGCAGGUCCGACGCCUAGAAUUCAACCAGGCCAUGGAGGACUUCAAGACCAUGUUCCCCUCUAUGGACUAUGAGGUGAUUGAGUGCGUGCUGCGCUCCAACAACGGAGCUGUGGAUGCCACCAUUGACCAGCUACUCCAAAUGAGCAUUGACGGACAGGGCUCAGAUGACAGCUCAGACUCCGAUGACAGCAUCCCACCAGAGAUUCUGGAGCGAACACUGGAACCUGACAGUUCAGAUGAGGAACCGCCUCCAGUCUACUCUCCACCAACGUAUGAUAUGCACGUUUAUGACAGGAAAUACCCAGAAUCCCCACCAACACCCCCACCAAGAUUUGAAGCAGAGCAACCUCCAGGUCACCAGCAGUUCAGAAGCUACCGGAACUGGAACCCUCCUUUGCUUGGAAAUCUACCAGAUGAUUUUCUGCGGAUCCUGCCACAGCAGUUAGACAGUAUAAAAGUAAAAAAUAAGAGCUCUGAGAGCAGUCUAUCCCAGCCUUCGUCAUCCUCGUCCUCACUUUCUUCAAUAAGCCAAUGGACAACCCAGUCUGGUUCUCAGUCUGGAGCUACAGGGACCACUGGAGGUCCAGGUUUGACAGCAGGAGCUAUAGAGCAAGACAAGAAACUGAAGCAGUAUCUGGAAGACGAGCGCAUCGCCUUGUUCCUGCAGAAUGAGGAGUUUAUGAGAGAGCUGCAGCGCAACCGCGAGUUUCUCAUCGCCUUAGAGAGAGAUCGCUUGAAGUAUGAAUCAAAGAAAUCAAAGUCCAAUCAUUCAUCUAGCAUGGAGAAUUCCACAGGAGAACAGUACUCUGCAGCUUCAAUGGAGGCCGUCUCAGAUGAUGCCCUGUUCAGAGACAAACUCAAACACAUGGGCAAAUCAACGAGAAAGAAGCUGUUUGAAAUUGCCAGAACGUUCUCAGAAAAGACAAAGAGGAGAAAGUCAAAAAGGAGGAUGCUCCUGAAGCACCAUUCAUUGGGCACAGCCAACUCUACAGCCAAUCUCCUCGACAAUGUGGAGGGAAACCCCUGUGAGGAAGAUGGUCAGCCUAGAAGAGCAAAUACUCAGGAAGUGAAUGAACAACGCAAUAAGCCAAUAUCAUGAUCCUCCCAUGCUGCACCAUAUCAGGGUUACCAUGGCGACAUCAGCAUGACCCAUGGGUGGUGGCCUUGCAGCUCUUCCUGUCCUCACCUGCUCACCCCACCCUAAUCCAAACCAGCCAAUGUAAGACUCAGCAAUGAGUUGAGACCCCCCUCCUGGGGGUGAACUGGACUGUUCCCAGCACUGGGCUAACUGUCUAUAAAUGCAUUAUCUCUGUAACACUUUGUUUUUUAUUUUAAAUGUAAAGCAAAAUGCAUUAGUCUUUACCAGUAUUUGUUAACAGCAUCCUUUAAUCCACUGAGAGGAACACUAGCGUAGUCAUGAUCUUGCCAUAUGAACCUUUGUUACUUUUCCAGUCUUGUACCAGUCAUGUAGCGUCCCCCCUGGGGUCCCUCAGGCUGGGCAUUUCAAAUCCGAAGUGUGCACAUGCCCCUUUAUACACACUAAACCAUGUAGAGCUUUUUAUCAUGUUUUGUUAAUCAGAUUGUAAUAUUUUUUAAACAUCAGGGGUUAUUUAACUGAAAUUCUUAUGUGUCAGAAUAUUGUGGCCAUUAAAGUUAUGGCUACACAAAUGUCAACACUUCUCCAUGGCCGUAAUAACCUGUUGAUCAUAUUUAAAGAACUGUGUUCUUAGAAAGCAUGUUUGGAGCAGUUGACUUGAAUGCUGCAGCAUUUAGAGCAGUUUACUUGUUUGUUUGGCAAGGUGAAAACUGUCAUUUGUAGCAUCACUACCACACCACAGUUGGCACAGGUAACAGAGCUAUGUUGUCAGAACAUUGAACUAGGCCAUGACAGACCAUGAGCAAACAUGGGUAUCACAAGAAGGAUAACUUACUAAGUUUCAAAAGGCUAACUGUGUGUUCACACAGAACACAAAGUGAAUUUUCACCUUGUGUUACUCGCGCGAGUAACGUGCGUAAAUACAGCCCUCGGCUCUCUCCCUCAGAGUUCCCCGGUGCUUAGCAGCUGUCUGUUGGCGAGCACCGGCUUUGUGACUCGGCUCUGCCCGGUCCUCCCCACACAACAAGCCCGGCGAUAUGCACAAAUGUUUUGCUGAAGUUGAAUAUUUUCAACUCAUCCGAAUGCCGCAAAUUUCACGUAGUUGCCUCAGUCUUUGCAUUGACUUAAGCUGUGUUUACAUCAAACGCGAAGCAAAUAUUCGCUCUGCGUUACUCGCACGAGUAACGUGAAUAAAUUCAACCAACGAAUAUUCACCCUUUCUGGCUUACUACAGCGGUAUGAACCCAAAAUAAACUGAUGUUGCUGUGAUUUAACUGCAAUAAACGGAUCAAAAGGCUACCGAAAUAACUACAUCAUGUUGCCGAUUUGUAAAAAGUCUGAAUUCAUGCUUUGUCAGGUCUGUCUGCAAGAUGACAAGCAAACAGCUUUUAAAAUGCUUGUUUUCUGGGUUUCGGAUCAAUCAGGGCUAAUGCUGGUGCUAACUUGGUUCAUAGUAAAGUACAACCGAUAGCUGUAAUCAAGUAACAGACACACAUUUUCAGAACUUACAGAUAGUCCUCGCUUACUUUUCCCCAAGCAAUCUCCUGUUUUGUCCGGUCUCUGUAUAAAUAAUAUAGCUGCAAGCGGCAAUUCCAGGGUUCAAGCUAACACAGACCGUUAGAACUUUAAAGAUUUUGAUCUGGACCUGGUCAAAUGUGGCCUAGACAUGAAAAAAACUGUGAAAUCUCCCUUUUUUGCAUUUUCACAAAUAGAAUGAAGAAAACAAGCAAUUUCUGAUUCAUAGUCUAAUUCGUGUUAUGCCAUGCACAUUUUUUGCCCUUGAAGCACCCCCUAGUGUUCAAUUUGAAGGAAACUUUCAGGGCAUGUUUCAGGUUCCUAUGUGGACAUAUCCUGUAAGUUUUAUGAUGAUUGGACAAACAAUUACUGAUUUAUAGUCUGAUUUGUGUUAUGCCAUGCUCAUUUUUUGCAUUUGUAGCGCCCGCUAGUGGUCGAUUUGAAUGAAACAGGGUAUGUUUCAGGUACUUAUGUGGACAUAUCCCGUAAGUUUUGUGAUGAUUGGCCCAACAGUUGUUGACUUUGGUCUAUUUAUGUGCUCAGCCACGCCCCCUUUGAAGUUCAGGUUUUGAUAAGCUUCGUCCAAUGAUGAUCCACUGAAAAUUUGGUAGCCAUCAGACCAACGGUUUAGGAGGAGAUGUCAAAAAUGUGUUUUUCAAAAAAAUUCAAAAUGGCAGAAAAUCUAGUUAGGCAGACUUUAGUGGUCCACAAGGCGUUUUUGUAGAGCACAUUGAGCUGGACUUGUGAGAGAAAUUUCAAGUCAUUCGUACUUACUUGUUCAGAAUUGCAUUUUUGGGCCUUAAUUACAGUGCCACCAUGUGGCCGAUUGGGCUUAUAUUUCUGGGGGAAGCACAUGCACAUCAUUUCCAGUUAUUGGGCCAAGUUUCAUGUUUCUAGCUCAUUCCAGCUCACAGGAAUGUGAACCGAAGCGGUAGACAACAAAUGAUAAUUAUGAUACUAAUAAUCUACUACUACUACUACUACUACUAAUACUAAUAAUAAUAAUGAUGAUGAUAAUAAUGAUAAUAAUAAUUAAUAAUAAUGAAUCGGCACAAACACAAUAGGGUUUCAGCCCCUUCGGGCUUGAACCCCUAAUGAAGUAGUAGCAAUCAUAGACCUCUGCUCUGGGUGUCCACAGAUGGUGGUUACAAUAACGACAGUGGAGGUCUGCACCUCCGCUCACUGCUGCAAACAGGUUGAGAAGCGAGGUUAAAGAUAAAUCCACUUUUUAAUUCCAAAAGUUUAAAAAAAUAAACUCUGAGCUCUACUCCCGCCGGUAAGCAGAAUCUGGUCUGUGUCCAGGUGUUUAUUCCUCCAGAAGCUCCAGCUCUGUCCUCUGGCUCUCUCCUCAGAGCUCCCUGGUGCUCAGCAGCUAUCUGUCAGCGAGCAGCAGCAUUGUCCCACUACUACAGCCUGGUCUUCCCCACACAACAAGCCCCGCGAUAUGCAUAUUUUUUUCGCUCAAGUUAAAUAUUUUCAACUUACGCGAAUAUGCGUAUUUGCCUCAUUUGUGUCACUCAAUUUGCCUUAUUUGCAUCGCCCGGCUUGAAGGUGUGGUUUGAGGGGGUGUCAGAUGCUGGUUGACUAUUCAAAGUGCUUGGUGUGAAGCAUACUGAGGCUUUUAGAGAAAGUCAAUUUUCUGUUCUACAUAACAGCAUAUGGUUGUCAUACCUGCAGACUUAUAAAAUCUAUACAUUCUUUCAAUAACAUUCCUACACAAAGGUGGCACAUGUUUGUCUACAACCCUCACUAGGACACCAUUACUGCAGUGGCAAGGAACAUAGUGAAUUGGGCACUCAAAGCGAAUUGGGCAUUCCAAAGGAACCUAUGUACCUGUGGGCAGAAAUAAUAAAACACAAUAAAAUUUUGCAAUUAAUGCAGUACUUUGGGGAAACAUAAAGAAGAUGCUGUUUCAAAAUAAAAGUAUAACAUCAAAUUUGGUACACUGGCUGGCUGCCAGAUGUCAACAUCUACCUACUCCUACUUAUCCUGUUUGUUGGGAUUAUGUUUUCAGUCCUGCCACAUCCAGAGAUGGCGCAGACCUGCAUUUCUGAGCAUUACUGUAAUUGUUUCUUUUUUUGGAAGGGCAUUGUUCUCACCUCGCCUAUUCAACCAAACUAGGAGUCUGAAUCCACUGCUCUAGACAUGCUUGGAGUGAGUGUGCACAUAGAGCUUCAUUCACUGCUUCACUAAAAACUCUCCUAAUAUUCUGCCAGAUUUCCAGAAUUCUUGCAUUAAACCUAAAAGAGAUUUUUGCAAGAUGUUAUGGAAAUAAGAAAUAUCACUCAGACUGCAUUGCCAUAUCUCAGAUUGUCCCUGUAGUCUUUGAGCAAAUUAUAUCUUCGUUGAUCUUAUCUCCUUGAGUGAAGGGGAACACAUUUCUAAAUGCCAGUGUUAAUACUGUAAACAAUAGCAUCAUGUUGUAACGUGAGAGAAUUUAUUGUCGUGAUUUUCACAUGAAUGAUAGAUAUGUCUGUUUGGGAGGAUAAAGCAUCUGAAACGGGAUUGGAUUAUCACCCUGUGAAUACUCAUUCUGAUAGUAUGCCGAUGACGCUGGACUGAUGUUGGACAAAAUGAAAAUGCAAAAAAAUUCUUGUGAGGUUUUCAUCCAUCCUUUUCUACUGCUCUUUUCAUUUGUAUGUGUAGAUGUGAAACUAGCAUGUAGUGAAGAAGUAAUAAAAGUCUGAUGUAGUCUGUGUGAACAGAAGGUGUUAGGAAAGGAACACAAAAAAUGCGAGUUAUGGAUAUAAGUAAGUUUACAAUGCAAGGGUUCCAAGAAACUUUUAGACAAAUUAGAUUAAUUAAAUUUCAGUCAGUGAAAUCAACUUUCUUUCUGCCUUUGUGAAUAAAGUGUUUUUUUUAUCACUUCAGAAAAUCUCCUCAAAUGAACCUUUUUUUUGUUUUUUUUGCAAUUUUGUGAGUUUUAUCCAUCCCCAUAUACUUAAAUUAUAAAAUACUUAAAUGUGCUAUUGUAAAUAAUAUUAUAUAGAGUACGGUCUAGACCUGCUCUAUAGGACAAGUGCAAUGAGAUAACCUAUGUUAUGAAUUGCCGUUAUAUAAAUAAAAUUGAAUUGAAUUUAACUUUAUAAGCUGAUAAUAUGACAUUGUUGGGUUUACAGGUUCUGCUGCCACCAGGUGGCCAAAAAGGAAAUAAAUGUAGCUUUAAUAAAAUAGCUGAAACAUGCAAAAACACUGGUCUGGUCCUUUUAAGACUAGUAGUCAUGUAACUGGGUUGAAAGGUCAUCAGGUUCAGGUUAGGUAAGAGCAAUGUUUCUAUAAGGGACAAAUUCCUAAAAUGAUCCCAUCAUCCGAAUUAGGUGAAAUGUUAGCUCAUUUUGACUGCGCUUUGUCUCAUUUCCCAUUCAGAUUAUUUACAGUUUGUACCAGCUUGUUUGAACAUUGAACAUUAAAGGAACAUUCUGCAAGUUGACCCUGAUGUCAAAAAGAAAUUAAUCUAUAAAUAAUUGACCUUUUCUUGGCUUUUUGGGAAUUUGAUUUUCAUAACGGGCCUUAAAAACAUUAGACACUAGUGUAUGUACUCAUAAUACAAAAAAUACAUUUUAAAUUAAUUUAAUGAUGUUAAAUUGAAGACAUGUAAAAUGUUCAAAAUAAACAAUCUCAGACAAGGACCACAGUCAGUAAACAUGAGUCACAGGAAGCAUGAACAGAUGGCUGGCUUUUGUUUUUAGUCCAUGACCUUUCACCCACCCAUCUAAUCACUUUUGAUUCCAGAGCCACAAUAUCACCACAUACCUCCUUCGUCCAUAAUACUCAAAAAACAAGAGAUUCGAACACCCUGAAACCAGUGUUACAAGGUCAUUGAUACUCUGUCAUUGAUACUCGGUCAUUGAUAGCUGUCUUCCAGAGUUGUUUAGAGCAACAUUUGUCUGUCUGGUUUUUGCUGUGAUCUGUAAAUGGGUUGAUGUUUGAUUCUUCUUUUAGGAAACUUGUGAAUGUGUUCUCCUCUCAGGGAAACCCACCACAGUUAUUUUCCUCCAUUUAGAUGUUUUGACACACCAUACAAGCAAAAAUCUUCCUUACAAGAUACAGUAAAGAUUAUUUCCCUUAGGUUAAAGCAACAUUAGGAAUAUUUAGUAGUAAAUAAGCUAAUAUUGCUCUUCUCAUUUGUCUCUGGUGAACAAGUGUACUUCCUAAAAUGUUGGACUAUUCAAUCACAUCACCCCACAUUUUGAUUUUCUCUUCGAACUUUGCACUUCCAUGCUCACCAAAACUGUGUCUUAAUUAUAUAUAUUUUAUAUUGUAUUAAGUACAAACAUUUGACGCAGGGAAAAUCCACUCAAAACUGUAAAACUGUAGUAGCUCAUACACACAAACAGAUACUGGCGAUGUACUUCAUGUUCCAGGGUUUAUUUUGUUAUUUGGAUGUGAAGUUCUUAUUAUUUUGUAGAACUGAUCAAACAAACUGUAGAUCACAUGUUGUCACAUACACUGCAGCCACACAAUAUGGUGUAGUUUGUAUGUCCCACCAAUAUUAUGACUUUAAUUUUUAACUAGAAUCAGUUAAUUAAAUAAUCAAUUUAACAAAGAUAAUCAAAACUGAUUACAUUUAGACUCAAAUAAAUCUAAAAGAAAAAACAUUUAUUUAAUUAUGAAUUAAUUACAUUUUAAAGUUAAUUGCAAAUUAAUUUAAAACUCUUUUAAAUUUUACUUUUUUGUUAUUCCAGUUAGUGAUGUGUCUGCCUGUCAUUUAUAAUCGCACAAUUCAUUUUUUUCAUGCUUCAGUAUUUACAGUGCCUAUUAUCCCUUUAUUUUAAAGACACCUCUCUUUAAUUUGAAGACUUGUAAGAAGUGUGCCACCAAAACAUUUAAUGAGGCCCAAUUCACACAGCAGCUUCAGGAACUUAGAUUGGCCAAACGGAGCCCGUACAGUGGUUCUGUGGAUUGGACUUGAACUACAUUUUUAGGUGGCACACUGCUUAAAUACCUUUUAAAUAAAAGACAACCAUCAUAAAUUAAAGCAAUCAAUUCAAAUCAAUGUUCAGUUUCAAUUUUGAAUUAGAAUUUUUUAUUCGUAUUUUUUAAUUCAAUUGUCUUAAUUGAUUGUAAUUAAACAAUGCAAAAUUGUAUAAUGUUUCCAUUGGCAGACUUCUUAUGAAUUGAGGCAGGUUGAGGAAAAGUGCUGGAGUGUACCGAAUAGUGUAAAAUAAUUUGAGGGGGGAUUUUCUCUUAUGCAUACCCACAUUCUGAUUUGCUCAAGCAAAUAAUUUAGGCUGGUUAGCAAACAUGACUGAAUUUCUGUUGAGUAUUGAGUAGCUGAACCAUCUGAAUGACUCCUGAGAGAAACACUAAGGUCAUGAAUGUACAUCAACUGAGGUCAAGCCAUUUAGCAGCACUGAAUUGUUUACAGUUCAUAUGAGCUUAUGGCUCUGCUCAUGAUCUUGUAAGAAUGUACAGUAUGCCAUAUCCACAGAGCAGAAAACACAUCGUGGGCUAGACGCUUUCCAGCCCUUUUAUAUGGAGCUCAUUUCUAUGUGUCACUAUUAGUCAUUUAAAUGCCAAACAGGAAGAAAACCUUAGCCAUUGUUAGAUUUGAAAUUAUUUUAAAGGAACUACACUUCUUGCUCAACAACUUUGUUUCUGAAGAAGGUGAAGAUUAGACAUGUUUGUUUCUCCCCACAGUUGUGUAACGGUUGGUAGUGAUUGUUGUGUUUUAAGUUUUCUUGUACACUAGGAAAUUUCUUAGUCAUUGAAAUAAUUGUGAUGUACCUUGUUUGAUUUGUUUGUGAAUUAUAUUUGUAAAUAUAUUAACAUGACCAUUAAUGUUUCUUCUAUAAAGUAAAACUUUUUGGA